AUGGAGACGACAAGCGUGGACAGGACGUCUCUUCCGCUCGAGUGCUUGCGCUGCUACCGCCGCUCGACGAUCGACCUCAUUGCGCCCUGCAACUGUGCCUCGUACGUCCACCGCGACUGCUUGGACGCGCGUCGCGUCCUCAACGGGUCGGCGGUGACGCACUGCAAGGCCUGCGGCGAGGCGUACGACUUGUACGAGGUGCCGAGUGAAGCGGCCGAGUACAAGCGGCGCUUGCGCAUGGCGCAGCUGCUCCGCGUGCUCUUCGUGCUCCUUGUGGUGAUGAUCGGGUGCGGCAUGAUCUACGCUGUCGAGGAGAGCACGGCCAGAAAGUACCGCAAUUCGUGGACCGACGAGGAUCGGGCGCUCAACGAAUGGCUCGCGUCGAUCGGUUGCCCGCGCUUCCUCGCUCACUUUGUCAUCAGCCUUUUCUUCACGGCGAUCGCAGUGGGCAUCUUCAUCGGCUGCCAACGGAUCGCGCCGACGAUGGCGCGUUGCAUCAACGCGUGCGAGACCCGGUUCGGUCGCUACAGUACCACGAUCCUCGCCGUGUUUUUUGCGGUCCUCUUCAUUGGCAUGAUGCGCCUCGUCGGCCUCUACAUGGUGCUCUUGGCGCUUGCCGGCGUGCUUGGCGCAGCAGCCGGCGUUGGUGCCACCCUCCGCUUCCACAAGAUUCACGUCCAGUACCGUCACGUCCAAGACCGACGACUGCAUGUCGACGGCACCGGUGUUAACAUUAGUCCAGCCUAG